AUUCAUUCUGUCUGUACUCGACGCACUCUUGCCCCGCUGUCUCGCUAGCAUUUCUGCCUUGCCUGCAUAUCACCUUCACCACCUACGUGCUAGCACACUUCGCCUCAUUGCAACUGGACAGCUAGCAAAUACAACAUGGACCCAAAUACAUCCUUAGAUGAUAUUGCUCCGAUUGCUAUCCUCAUGGAUGAGCUGCGGUCGGAAGAUGUCCAGCUGCGAUUGAACGCUAUUCAUCGGAUAUCGACGAUUGCCCUCGCGCUGGGCCCGGAACGCGCGCGCGACGAGUUAAUACCCUUCCUUCAAGACUCGGUCGACGACGAGGACGAGGUCCUCCUAGCCCUAGCGGAGGAACUGGGACGAAACUUCGAGGAAUACAUCGGCGGUCCGGAGUAUGCGCAUGUGCUCUUGGGCCCGCUCGAGAACCUGUCCGCGGUGGAGGAGACGCUUGUGCGGGACAAGGCUGCGGAGUCGAUCACCAAAAUCUCUGCCGUCCUCAGCCAGGAGCAGAUCGAGCAGUACUACAUCCCUCUUGUGCAAAGACUGUCGCGCGGCGAGUGGUUUACAUCCCGCACAUCGGCCUGCGCUCUAUAUGCGCCCGUAUACGACAAGGUCGCGACCUCCAUUCAAGAUGAACUUCGCCGGGCAUUCGCCGCCCUCGCCUCAGACGACACGCCCAUGGUCCGCCGGGCAUCGGCGAAGUGGCUCGCGCCCCUGGUGAAGAAAUUCUCGAAGCCGCACGUUCUAAGCGACGGGCUGGUGAUCUACAGGAAGCUCCAGAGCGACGACCAGGACUCCGUUCGCCUGCUCACUGUCGAGGACCUGAUCGCGAUCGCCCAGCAGCUAUCGCCUGUGGAGAUCAAGGAGCAGCUGCUGAAGCAGAUUCGGCAGACGAUGACGGACAAGAGCUGGAGGGUGCGGUACAUGGCCGCGAGCCACUUCAACGAGCUCGCGGAGGUCGUUGGCACGGAGCUUGUGCGCGAAGAGCUUAUUGGGCACUUCGUCCAACUUCUCAAGGAUAACGAGGCGGAGGUACGGACUGCAGCUGCAGGUCAAGUUCCAGGAUUCUCGAAGCUACUUGAGAAGGAAGUCGUCCUUGCCCGGGUAGUCCCAUGCGUACGAGACCUCUGUCAGGACGUCUCACAACACGUUCGCGCUGCGCUUGCCAACCAAAUCAGUGGCUUGGCACCGUUGCUGGGCAAGGACGCUACCAUUGAGCACUUGCUUCCAUUGUUCCUGCAUCUUCUCAAGGACGAGUUCCCAGAGGUCCGCCUCAAUAUCAUCAGCAAGCUUGAGCUCGUUAACUCCGUGAUCGGAAUCGAGCUUCUGUCUGAGAGCCUCCUGCCGGCCAUUGUGGAGCUGGCAGAGGACAAAUCGUGGCGCGUCCGCCAGGCCAUCAUUGAAUAUAUCCCCCUCCUUGCGACGCAGCUCGGCAAGCCCUUCUUCGACGAGUCGCUGGGUAACCUGUGCAUGUCGUGGCUGGGCGACAAUGUUUACAGCAUCCGCGAGGCGGCCGCUGUCAAUCUCAAGAAGCUGACCGAGGUUUUCGGUGUUGAGUGGUCGAGGGAACAGAUCAUCCCGAAGGUAGUGGGCAUGGGUCAACAUCCCAACUACCUGUAUCGCAUGACUACGGUGCAAGCAAUCAUGACCAUUGCACCCUCCCUGACGCUCGACGUUGUGCGUGAAAAUGUCCUCGACAUGCUUCUCCAAUUAGCCGGCGACCCGAUCCCCAACAUCCGGUUCAACGUCGCAAAAGCCCUCGAGUCCAUUGCCACCUCGUUUGGUGAUUCGCCGGAGGGGCGCGACCUGGUCCAGACAAAGAUCGCUCCCGUCCUCGACGCGCUCAAGAAUGACCAAGACGCCGAUGUCCGGUUCUUCGCUUCACGCGCGCUGGCGAAAUCACAAGCCCUAGAAGCCUGAAGUGCAUCGACGCAGUUUCUUCCGUAGGUCGGCUACAGAAGCUGACCGACGGCCGCGAGUGAAGGGAAUGGGCGGGACUGAUACCAAGUAGCUGUCAACAUCAGACACUCUCCGAUCUCGCUUUCUUUCACGUUGUCCAUACCUUUUGACCAUUUCUGUGCGCUCCCGAACAAGACGAAAUGUAUAUUACGAGGAGUUAGAAUUGUGGCAUAGGUGCCGGAGCGGCUAGACGGGGCUUGGCUCGAGCGGACAAACCCAUUGCCUCC